CAAAUAAUUUGCAUAUAGUAACAAGGUUGAUGUCACUAGUGAAGCAUAACAAGUAUACCCGGUUUAAAUCCUCAGACUUAACUUAUGUGUAAAUGUUUGAUAAUGUGGCAUGGGAUUAUGUGUCAAUCAAUAAUUAAAACAUGUUGUAUGGUAUGAACAUGCUCACGGUACGGGUUGAUAUUUGCUGGCGAUGAAAAUAUUUACUUGGCGACUAGGAGAGAGAUCAGAAGAACCACCAAAUUAGGUGCCUAUGUGCCAGAAAACCAAGAGAGAUGAGAGUCGUCCAGUUAAGGAAAUUCAAAGGUCUUCGAAGAGUGUUUGUUAUUGUCAUCAUCUGUUUGGUUGCCUUGGUUACCAUGCGCAAAUUUUCAACAAGAAAUAUAACAAUUCAGAAAAAUCCGGUACCUUUUGGCAGGAACGAGAGGAAAAUCACAGUAGGGUUCCAUGGGAGAGCAGGUAAUCAGAUGUUCCAAUACGCUUCACUUAUAGGAAUUGCUAAAAUGAAUAACAUGACCCCGGUUUUACUGGAGAUUACAGAACUAUGGAAUAUGUUUGACUUGCCUAUAAGUACAGCAAACAUGGAUAAAUCAGGGAAAUAUACAGAGGUAAAAGAGGAACAUACUGCAGUGUACGCGCCAAAAUUCGAAAAUAUCAAAAGUCAUACUGAUGUCUAUCUUAAUAGGUAUUUACAAUCUUGGAAGUAUUUUGAAAAUAUCAAGAUGGACUUGAAACAGCGACAUUACAAGAUAAAAAAUGAACUUGUAGAAAAGGCAUUGCCUUACGUUAAAGACAUAAAGAGAAAAGUUUCUAAAGAGGCAGUUUUCGUUGGUGUUCAUGUAAGACGUGGAGAUAUAGUGCACGAAAGAAAACCAGUAGGUCAUAUUCCUGCGCCAAUACCCUAUUUUUAUAGGGCAAUGAACUACUUCCGGAAACGUUAUUCUAACGUUGUUUUUGUCAUGAUUUCUAAUAGUAUGAUGUGGUGUCAAGAUAACUUAGACGAUUCUUCAAAUGUCUACCAUGUCGAGACUGGCGACCCUUACAUAGAUUUUGCCAUUUUACAUAAGAUGGAUCACCUUAUACUUUCGGUGGGAACAUUUGGCUGGUGGGCAGGAUAUUUGUCCCCAGGUACCGUUAUUUUCUAUAAAGGGUACCCUAAAGCAAAUACCACAAUGAGCAUCGAGAUGAAACAGACGGACUUUAUUCCACGACACUGGGUCGGACUUUGAUAAUUUCCAUAUAGGUAGGACAGAGCAAACCUAUCUUCAAAGCCAAAGAUACCAAUUCCAAAUAACUACUAUAAUCUUGGUUAUAAUAUCUCGGCCAACAUGAAUUGACAAAAACAAAUUGUUCCGAGUGCGUGUGUUCAAUGUUUUAGUUAAUACGAUGGAAAGUACACCAGAAAGCGAUGCUAGAAACCGAUGUACAGUGGUCAAAAUCGAGUAGGUUUGCGUGACAUCAGACUUGACAAAAGGGAUGGACGGGUUUGCUAACUGUGAAGUGACAUUAUAAUGCAUUUAAACAAUUCGCAGGAUUGGUUAAGAUACUACAAAUGCAAUUCUGUAUAACAGUAAUCUUCAUUUUUUAAGGAGUUGUUGUGUUUUGCAUUCAUCAAAGCGUCUGAGCAUUCUCUAUACAUAACACAUUGACCAGUAAUCUCGUUAAUAACAUUUAUAAUAUCAGAGGUAACAAUGUUUAUAUGCAGAAGAAUACUUGAUGAUUGUUACAAUAAAUACUCUGUUAUAUUUUAAGAAUAUCUAGAAAUAAUUUUAUUGUUCAUAACAGCAAAUGUGACGAAACACUAAAGUAAUUAUACUUGGACAAUCUUUGUCUGAUGAAAUAUAAUACGAUUUGGGAUUUCUCGUCUAGCGUAAAUUUAUGAAAAAAAAUGUAUUGGAUUUACGACUUUUAAAACCUUUGACAAAAACGGAUAUCACCAUG